CAUCGAGCACGCUUGCUUGCUUACUUGGCGGUCAGUCGGCUACAAGUCGCGCGGUGCAAGGUGUAAACAUGGGCCUGCCAGACAUAGAGACCAUACCCGAGACUGGAGCGGUGUUCACGAUUGGCCGUAGCAGAUUCGCGGACAACGUUGCGUCGCAUUUUUUUAUACGGAAGGAUCCGAUUGUCACCAUCGAAUGCGGGGAUGAACAUUCUGCUGUCGUUUGUCAAACCGGCAGACUCUUUGUCUUUGGUAGCAACGAUUGGGGUCAGCUAGGCCUGGGUCACAAGAAUCACAUCAGCAAACCUUCGUGUGUAAAAAUUUUGAAACCGGAAAAAGUCACGCAUGUUGCAUGUGGAAGAGCGCACACUUUAAUAUGUACAGGGGCCCAGAAAAUCUUUGCAUGCGGUAGUAAUCAAGAAGGUCAAUUGGGCCGGGAAAGUUCCGCGAUAGGUGAUAGUUCAAGUUCUCCGAUCCUAGUCUACGACUGCGGACUCGCCGGAUCACGUAUUGUGCAAGUCGCGGCAGGAUCUCAUCACUCGAUGGCUUUAACAAGCGGCGGUGAAGUUGUUGCCUGGGGAAGCAAUCUGGAGGGGCAAUUAGGACUGUCGGGUAUCUCAGGUUUGGUGAACAAGCCGACGAAAGUUCCCAUUCCCGAGCCCGUGAAAGAAAUCAGUGUGGGAUACUAUCACUCCGCUUUCCUAACUGAAAGCGGUCUCGUUUACGUAUGUGGCGAGUCGGAAAGCGGUAAACUCGGCAUCGAUGUCAACUUCUCCACGCAGGUCGCGCCGAAGCAAAUGCAAUUGCCGAUACCGGCAGUUCACGUUGUGUGCGGUGGUCAUCACACGCUCGUGUUAGCAGAGAAUGGCAACAUUUAUUGUUCUGGCAGCAACGCUAGCGGGCAACUCGGCAUGGGCACGAACGUCGUGGAGAUACACACACCGAAACUUCUUCCACGCGGAGCACUUCAAGACGAGAGGAUCGUCAAGAUCGCCUGCGGCGAAAGUCACAGCGCUAUACUUACUGAGUCCGGCAAGUUCUUUACUUGCGGCGACGGUCGACAUGGGAAAUUAGGUCUGGAAGAAAAUGAGAACAACGUCCACGAGAUAACGUUCGCUGCCAAAUAUCAAGAGCUCUUCGUCUUAAAUGUUGCGUGCGGGGGAUGUCAUACGAUAUUGGUUGGCCGAAGACACGAGAUAAGCUAUCAACCACAACGGCAAUCGGAUUCUGCUGCAAAUCAGCAAGAGAAAAGUUCUUUACCUCCCUUAAAGCUUCCUAUAAAUAUGCAAAAUGAACGAGUGGAUAAUACGGAGAAUUUGACGAGUGAGAAGAAGGAUUCACGUCAUACUGAUAAAAUCGAAGAAACGUCAAAUGAUACUCAAACGAAUUCCUCGGAAAACGUAUCUCGAAACAAUUCAGACAUUGUAAAUAACGAAAAAAUAUUGUCUUCAAUGCAUGAUAAAAAAGUCGCAACACCUAAGAAAUCUUUAGAAACCAGAUUAUCGCAAAGCCCAAAAGAAAAUGCUCAAACUCCGAAAAUUGAAGAAAUGCAACCGAAUGAUGAGAGUCAACCAAAAGACGAAGAGAGCAUACAGAAUGGCAAAAAUGACGAAAGCAACGAGAAUAAGAGCAAUGAAGAAAAUAAUGGAGACACGGAAGUAAAAGGAAACACCGUAAUGCUGCAGGAUACUGCGGAAUUACACGCGGAAGAGGCGAUCUCAGCAAUACAGAAUGAUGUCCAACAGGAAACACCAACAAAUUUGACGGCACCACCAAAACCACCGAGAUUAAAAUCCGUAACUAUUGAUGAUACGAGCAACGAAAUGGAAUCUUCGAAAGAGGACGCUGACAACGAAGAUGAGAAGAAAAAGAACGAAGAAGAGACGAGUAAGGAGCAAACGUCAAGUUCAAAGCUUGAGAAAUCAAAAUCGAAAAAUAGCAUUGGAAAGAGUGUAGAAGAGAAUUCAAUAGAGAAAGUUGAGGAGGUUGAAAACGAUGAAAAUCCAGGGGAAACAAAAAUGGAUGGCACGCAGGACGAUGCCGACGUGAUACAAUCGCCGGCACCACGAACAGCUAAAAUGGCGAAGUUGUUUAAGGGAAAACGACAACAGGAAGUACAGAACGGAACGAAGAGAACAGGUAGCAUAACAAAUCUAAAGGCUAAGUCGAAGACUUGUAUCAUCCUGUAAUUGACAAGGGACUUUGAAGAGAGACGUUUUACUAUCCAUUAUAUUUUUUAUAAAAUAUGUACUUAUGGUAGGUUUGUCGCUGGGACCAAUACGCGUGGAACCGGAGAUCUUCUCCUCCAAUAAUCAGCAUUAAAAGCUUAUCUUUACCAUUGAUCGAUACAGUUACACAUAGAAUUAGCUUCGAUCUUCUGCCGAAUAUCUGAAUCUUCGAUUAUACUGAGCCAAUCAAUAUCUAUCUCUUAUUAUUUGACGUUUGCGGUAACGAAAUAGUUUAAAGAAAAGCGUUGAUGGUAUUAAUAAUUUACUUUACCUACUGUAUCCAGGCACUGUAAAUAUAAAUCGUGUAAAAAAUUCCAAGUAACAUGCAUUCCGAAAAACACUACAAGAAUCCAUGCUGCAGCGAAUAAAGUAGAUAAGAGCUGGAUGUGAAGAAUGUAUAAGGAUAACGUCUGGAUAAAGGUCUUUUAU